AGAGGAGCUCCAGCCCCCGCCUCCGGAGCUUCUCAUGGCGUCUCACCAGCAGACCAGGAUCCAAGCCUACCUGGAAAAGAAUAAGAUCGGUCCCCUCUUCGAGGAAUUGAUGACCAAACUGAUAACAGAAACACCUGACCAGCCAAUCCCAUUUCUAAUUGAUCAUCUUCAGUCGAAACAGGGGAACCGCAAUCCGCUUCAGAGGACCUUGUCUGGCUCUGCUGCACUUUGGGCAGAGAGUGAAACAUCAGAAAAUAAAGGAGCAAGGAGAGAUUUUAGAAGCUAUGAUAAACCUUGGCAGGUAAAUGCAAAAAAACCUAAAAAGUCAAAGAGUGACCUUGCCGUGUCCAACAUUUCUCCACCAUCACCGGAGUCCAAGUCAUUGCCAAGGUCAAUAGAUCAUCCUAAAUGGGAUUGGAGGACAAAACCGGAGAGCCAUGAUUUUGAUGAACUAAAUCAUAUUCUUCAAGAGAGCAAAAAACUUGGAAAAGCCCUUGAGAAUCUGUCUCACAGCAUUGCUAUUUCUGAUGAACUUGAUAAGGACACAGCGGCUUUUAACACCCCCCUUCUCAGACCUCGUGUGAUUGGAGAAUGGAUUGGUCGUGAAGAGAAUGAUGCAGACCCACUGGCUGCUGAGAUGCUGCAGCCACCAAUACCAAGAAAUAAAAAUGAGCAGUGGGACAGUGAGGAUAGCAGCAGUCCUGGAGGAAGCUUAAAAAUGGAGCCAAAGACCAAAGGAUUAAAACAACAACAGCAGCAACAUAAGAAACUGCUGGCUGCCAUGCUUUCUCAGGACUCCUUUGAUUCUGCUCAAAGCACAGCUCCAUCUGUAACCGAAGAAGAUAUUGACAAUGAAGAUGAUGCAAUGGAACUGCUUGAGGAUCUUGAUGAUCUAAGAAUGGAAGGAGUAACAAGUGUGAUGUCUUCCGGGAGCAAAUUCAAUCAAACUCGAAGCGCUUAUACAGCUGAGCCUCAAGCAAAGGUCACGUUGAAUAUCUGCGCAAGAUGUGCCAGAUUGCAAGGAGAGAAUUUGGCAGAAAGGCCAGAAGAUGUCUUCGUGGUAUCUCAAACAUCUGAACCAGUAGUCACAGACUCUGAUGCUCAAGCACCCGGGGCUGAAACACUUACAGAAGAUAUUGAUGAAUUUCAGAAUGUCUCUCAAGUGGCAGGAUCUUCUCAUACGGUUUGGACCCUGGAUGCCAUGGUUGCCAGACCAGGGGGUUCCCCAAGGCAGAAACUCUUAAAGGAUGCCUUAGCAGCAAAAGAACUUCAGACCAUGGAAAAACACCUAGCUGAUAUUGAGAAGGACCUAGCACUGUGGGAAGAAGCAAGGCUCUCAAGAAGCCCUAGUAUCCAGCAUCAUAGUUUAGUUACAUCUGACCGUCAAGGCAAUCUUCAAGCUACACAGGUCCAAAAUCCAAGGCCUCAGGUGCCAACUCAGAUGGGGAAGAGCAUUCAGCUCCAAGGAAACAAAUCACCACCACUGCCCACUAACAGCAGAACGCAGGUCUCCAGUGUUGCAAACAGCAGGCCUCCAACGCCUGGUGCACAAACCAACAGGCCAUCAACUCCAGGGAACAGACCUGUGACCCCAAAUAGCUUGCUGUCACGGCCUCUUACCCCUAGCAACCAAGGAAGUAGGGAAGGCAUCAUUAGUAUGCAAAGAAGCAGAUCUUUGACGUCUAAGAGCCAAAUGGGGAGGACCCUCAGCGCUGCUUCAGGGCUUUCAGUGCAAAUGAGUGGAGACAUUGUUGGAACUGUCACUACUCAGAGAAGCAGUUUAUCAGAAAUCUGUUUGUGGCAGGACGAAUUCUUACAACAGCUUCAGCUUGCUCAUCAACCUUGGAUAUUACCGAGUGACACAGAAAGCGAAGAAGUGGAAGCUGACCAAGACAAAUUGCCUCCUGCCCCUUAAGACAGUCAACAGCACCUCCCAGUUCAGUAUCAUCAGCAAACUUGCUAACGAUGCAUUCAACUCCUGCAUCCAGGUUGCUGCUUAAAUAGAUUGAACAGAAUUGGACCUAGGAUUGAGCCCUUUAGAACACUGCUGGUGACCAGUCGCCAGCCAUAUGUAGCUGUACUCACUAUAAUCCAUUGAGUUCUGCCCUUCAGCCAGUUCUUCACCCAGUGCACCAUGAACCCGCCCAUCCCACAGUUGGAGAACUUGUUCAGAAGGAUGCUGUGCAGGACAGUAUCAAAUGUCUUCUGAAAAUUCAGAUAAGCUACAUGCCUUGCCUUCCCUACAUCUACUAGGCAUGUGCCCUUAUAGUAGGAUGAUAUCAAAUUAGUUAAAUAGUUCUUCCUUUUGUGAACCCACAUUGACUGUGCAGUUAACCAUAGUGUAGUUAACUGCUACACCCUUUAUAGUAGGUCGAUGUUUCUUCUAAUAUAACUAAAGGAGUAGAACAAAAGCAGAAAUUAUAGAACUGCCACUGAUGGCAGAGAGAAGCUGCCAAUUCCUAGUUGUAAAGUGGAGAGACAGUAAGGGGCCUAGCAUACUUACUGGUGCCAGUGCUUGUAGGCAGAGCAGCUGGCAAGUUUACACAUCGUUUUUCACCCUAAAGUUAAUAAAUCUGCGUGGAUGUUGUGUGUGUGAUUUAGUGUUGAGGGGGCCCAAGAGUUCAUAAUUUACGAGUUUGAACAGAAGAGCUGCAAAAUUAAUCUUUACAAUAGCAACACCUGUUCUUUGACUCAGCUUUUAAUAAAUUAUAUGUGGAUAAUAUUUACCACAUUCUUUGACUACUUUGAGAUAAUAGCAGCCAGGUGUAAAGGUAGUUUUUGGUGGUGGGAAAACUAACAAUUGAAAAAGAGAAGCUAUGUGAGUCACCUUGAGUUCUUUUAAAUGAAUACCUGCUGGUUAGUGUUCUAUAAGAAAAAAAGAAUUGGGGAUAACAGUUUCAACUGUAGUCAGACGUAAGAGUAUAAAGAGGCUAUUUUCAAAGCCAGUGGUAGCUGAAAAGAAUUGGGUUCCUCUGGCAUCCCAGCAUCUUCCAAUAAACAUCAUUUGCAAAACAGGUUAGACAGCACACGUUUUCUUAUAGAGGUGAGAUCUAAGUUCUCAGUUCUUGUAAAUCAGACCUUAUUUUCUAAAUACUUCAGGCUCUCUGACAGCAUUUUUAAAAUUUAUCCUUAUCAGUAAGAUCCAAAGAUAACUAGAAGUCAAUAUUUUUAAAAUAUUUGUACAAAUUGUGUCAAAAUUUGAAAUCAAAUCAGCACUCAUAUAACAGAGUAGAAAUGAUUACAGCUUAAAAGAUUUGUAAUGUUACAGCAGUAAAGCAAAAAUUUAAGAAGCAUUGCUGAUUUUUUCAGCAUACUCUUUACUUCCUCCAUAUGUGCCUAAUUAAAUUUGUGGCCACGCAUCAGAGAGAGAAAGAUACAUGUAUAAUUUUCAUUUGAGAACAGGUCCCACAGGGACAGCUGGUUGGAAAUUUCUAAUGCAUUGCUAGCUUCCAAGAACCUUGAAAAGACAAAGACAGUCUUUUGGUAUAAUUUAGCCUCCUAUCUGUAGUCCCAACCUGCCCAAAAGCCUGAGUCUGCUUUCUUGGGUGCCUAACUCAAGAAGUAAACCACACAACAGGUUCCCCAGGUCUCACAGUCUUGCAGACAGAGUAUCCCUACCUGCAGUCAGUCCAUGUGUCAGUUGUACAUGAUAGGUGAAUAAUGUAGACUCUUAGUGAACUUGCUACUUGGUUAAUACAUAUUAGAUAUAUAUCUCUGUGUAUAUACAUUCCUUUGCCUUAAUCUGCUUCACGCAUGUCGGUUGGCAUACUGA